AUGUUCGCCCAAGGCAAGCCCUUGACGACGCCCUCCGUCCUCAAGCUAGCCGCCGCCGCCUCCCUCUUCCUCGUCGUCCUCUUCUUCUUCCUCCCCCACGACGCCACCUCCCGCAUCAUCCCGACCCCUCGCGUCGACCUCACCCCAACGCACCGCCCCUCCACCCCACCCCGCGACGAUGUGAUCCCCAACCAAGUCCACUUCGUCUACAUCCUCCCCAACACCACCAACGACUUCCACUUCCAAUUCAGCCACUUCCUCUCCCUCUACGCCGCCUGGCACCACUUCCGCCCCGAGGCCAUCCACCUGCACACCAACGCGCACCCCACCGGGCCCGAAAUCGCCCGCGCGCGCAACGGCACCGCCGGCAAAUGGAACGCCCACAUCUUCAACACCACCCUCAUCCCCCUGCACAUCCACACCGUCCCGGUCCCCACCCACGCGGGCAACGGCCAGCCCCUCGCCAACAUGGAACACCGCUCCGACUUCGUCCGCGUCCAGGCCGUCCACGACCACGGCGGCGUCUACCUCGACUGGGACGUGCACGCCCUGCGUGACCUGCGCCCCCUGCGCGAGAGCGGGUUCCGAGCGGUGGCGGGCCGCCAGCUGGGCGGGCAGAUCAACAGCGGCACGUUCAUGUCGGUGAGGGGGGGCAGGAUGGUGCGGUUGUGGAGGGAGCAGAUGCAUGAGGUGUAUACGGGCGGGUGGACGACGCACUCGAAUGAGGUGAUUACGCGCGUGGGGCAGCGGUUGGUGGGUGAGCCCGGGGGCAGGGAGAUGUUGAUUAUGGAGAGGGAGGCGUUUGCGCCGGGGAGUUGGAAGGCGGAGGAUACGGAUGCGUUGUUUGGGGUGCGUGGGGAUGUGGAGAGUAAUUUGGUGGGGUAUAGCGAGGGGAUGGCGCUGCCGGGGUAUGAGGAGGCGUUUGAGGCGCGGUGGGAGAGGCCGGAGGAGUUUAAGGAGUGGGAGAGGGAUUGGUCGUUUACGUAUUUGUUGCAUGCGUUUACCCCGGAUAGGUGGUCGCAUAAGGUCGAGGGGUUUGAGCAUAUCACGCCGAGGUAUGUGUUGGAGAGGAGAAGCAAUUUUGCGAGGGCCGUGUAUCCCAUCGCGAAGAUUAUGUCGCUGCUCCGGGCUGAGGCCGCCGACUUCCGCACCAAGAGUUAUAGCGAUGAUGAAGCCCGAGGUAUUGCUUAUCGAAUUCCCCGCGAGUCAACUCCGCCCGAUCAACCCCUUCGCGAUGGCAGUGGGCAUGGCGUUUGGUUUUCCUCCGCCACCGAUGUCGCCGCGCGUCAGAAUCGGACCGCCAUGGGGCGCCUCAUCUCCGAGUGUCCGGAGUCUACCUCGCAGUGCUCCCUUGUGCCCCUUGCUGGUCCAAAUCUUACAAUAUCCGGCUGCAAGCAGUCUGGGCCGCCAUGCGGACAGAAGAAGAAGAUUUUCAUUCACAAUCAUGUUGUGUUGUUCACAUUUGGCCAAGGGGUGAGGGGCUGUGCACCAGCCAUGAGCAUCAGGAAAUCGGGGCAGGCGUAUGCAGUGGCCUUUGAAACUCUGCAAGCUUUUGGUCAGCCAAGCAAUGGAUUAGUUUUGUUAGGUGUGGUUGCAGCCCGCAACCCCCGUACCCCCGGGAACCGCAUACGACGAAGUGUUUCACGACCGAGCACGUUUCUUGCGAGCCCGCUGGGAUGGUGGAGAGGAGGGGAGCGUGGAGGGCCGGGUUCAGGCUCGCCGAUGCCGAGCUCGAGCCUGCCUUUUCUCCGCACAUGCAAAUAUAUUGCGCUCGUUCCCCGGCGCUGUAGCGGUACGACGAUGGACCACUUGCACACCAAAUGCUUCUGGGAGCUGUUCUCACAACCUUUGGCAUCUCUCCCCACCUCAACAUCACGACAUCUCCCCACAAGGCGCGCGAUGGCAGUCUCCUUUGACCGCCAGAUCUUUUACCUCCCUCCUGCGGUGGCGAGUCCCAAGCCUUUGUCCCCGCCGCUGCCGCAGAAGGCGCACGAUUCUCAAUCCAGCAGCGCUGGGGGGUCGCAAGCCGAUGCCAUCCUGAUCCCAAGCGAUGACGAGUUUGAUGAUCUCGAUGGCCGGUCCGACACAUCUGUCGAGUCGAUUGAUAAGCUCCUGCCGAAUACGCGCACCAAGGUUGAAUCCGGCCGUGUUACUGGUGCAGUUCUGGCCGGCUUUGUUGAGUUCGGGCCAGAACAGGCAUCCGCAGCCGACGACACUUUGUGCGAUGCCGCCGUUCCAGAGGCGGACGCCGCCUCCUUCGCCGAACACGGAGCCACAUACCAUGGCUAUAGAACGCAGCACAGCUCUCAGCCGCUCGAAAAGCCAUGCGGGACGACGUCGAAUCGUGACGGUUCCAUAUGCCUUGACAUCGAGGAGUGGGAUCGGCGGUUUCCAUUCUCACCCGAGGCGCUUCGGCGGAGGUUGCAAGCCAGACGUGCCGCCAAGAGCGCACAUAACGCUGCAGAAGCCGAUCAGUCGCAGUCUAUCUUGGACUAUCUUUGUCCGCCUCAAGAUCCACGCCCGGGAUUGCCUCCAGUCAUGGGGCCGGCAACAGCGAUCAGACGAGCAACCCAGGACACCGUCAUCCGGUUCCAGACAACAGAGGAGAGCAGUGCUCAACAAGGUCCAGAGCGCCGCCAAAGCCAGCGCAAAGUUUCCAACCCGCAAUCUUCAGGGGCGUCCGCUCUGGAAGAGGAGACGCCCGCGGCCGCUUUUGCAAGCUUUGAGGAAUGGCCACUCGAAGCGGUCCUCAAGCGCGUUUGGGUGGGCGGGGCAGCGACGUUUCAGGUGGAGUUCAUGUGGAAUCCUUGUACGAAUCAUGGACGACAUGAACGCGCACCAGAAAACCCGCGGCGCAAGGCACCAGCAGGGGCGAUCUCUUCGACGGUGCGCACCCUCUCUUCACGGGUUGCUUCCACAGCUGAGAAGGUUCAAGGCGACGAGUAUUUUAACGUCGAGGAGAUUUUGGAGUGGCGAGAGGGAGAAGAUGGGCCGGAGUACUUGGUCAAGUGGGCAGGGUAUGGGCACAGGCACAAUACUUGGGAACCUGCUGCGCAUUUCGAGCAGUGUCUUGAGAUCCUAGAGCAGUUUCACCAAGAGAAGGGACUGCCUCCCCCUUGUAUAUAG